AUGGUACAAAAUAAAUGCAAAAUUUGUGAAGUUCCUGCUAGACAUACACAUUUUGGGGUUAUUUCAUGUGAUCCAUGCAAAACAUUUUUCAAACGAAAUGCUAAACAUGGACAAGAAACCUUGAAAUGUCGUUAUGAUGGUCAUUGUGAAAUAAAUAUAAAUACUCGUCAUGUUUGUUCUUACUGUCGAAUUGUCAAAUGUUUUAAAAGUGGAAUGCAAAUUAGGAUGAAUCAAUCUACUUUUUCAAACAGGAAUAAACCAAAUAGAAAAAGAAAAUUAAUCGUCUCCAAUUCAGAAGAAAGAGUAUCAAAAGUUUUAGUUCGAUUAAAUGAGCCUGUCCAGUUUUCUACUUUGAAUCUUUUACAAAGAGAUCAAUCAACAUUAAGUACGGAUCAAUGGGCUUUAAUCUCAAAUUUGUCACAUUGUUAUGAUGAAUAUAGUGGAUUAUCAAUAGGUGAACGUUUCAUGUGUAGACAAACUAGUUUACCUAUUAAAAUUCGUUUUAAAAGUGCACCAGUAGUCGAAUUUAUUAAAGGAUUAUUUGAUGAAACUCAAUUAUUAUUUAACAAUAAUCGAGAUUUUCUUUCUUUAUCUAUGGAUGAUCGUUGUACUUUACUUCAUACUACAAUUAAACAUAUUGGAAGUCUUUCAUCAAAUUUUAUUUAUCAUAAAAUUGAUUUAUUCAGUUAUCCAGCUUAUUAUGAUACUGUUGGAAUGAUUACUAACGUAAAUUCAAUAAUUGCUACUAAGCGUGUAUCAGUUCGACUUGAUUUUGAUGUAAUCGUUUUAAAAUUACUUCUUGCGAUUCUUUGUUUCUCAACAUUUCAAUAUACAGUUUAUUCACAUACUCCUCCUGUAAAUUUAACAAAUAUUCAACAAAUUUUAUAUAUUCAAAAUACAUAUACUGAACUUCUCUGGAGAUAUUUAGUAUAUAAAUAUAAUUUUGAAGGAGCUGUUAAAUGUUUUUCUGAUCUUAUAAGAUGUUUAUUUGCUGUGCAUGAUACUAUUAUUGCCGUAGAAGAAAUUGAAUGGUUCUCAGAUAAAGUCAAUUCGGUUAUCCAAAAGACUGAACAGACUCUUAUUCUCUACGAUUAA